AUGUCUCCCCUCAUAUUGUCUAUUGUCUUCGCUGUUCAGAUUCUUUUUGCCCUCGGAGCUCCGACUCUGCUUGCCUUCGUGGAUCCUACAUUGUUAGGCGGAUCAUUGCUUGAUGAUGCGGGUGGUGGAUUGGGAGAACCGCUGAACGUAAUUAUUUCGGGUUUGAGCUCGGCGGACGUGCUCACGGACGACGGGUUCACCAACUUUGCUCGGGCUGCAGGAAUGUCAACUGAAUGCUUGGGUAUUCACCUAGGGGCUCCUCAGAGUGCGAAUUUGGGCGAUGGAAACGGCGCGGUGAAUCAGACCGUCGAGCUGCGUCAGGAUUUCGGCGACGCUGCUGCAGGCACGUGCCUAGAGUCUUUGAUUGGAGGGAAUCAUCUCAGGAUGUUUCGUCAGAAUGGUAUCUUGGCCGAUACGGGUGCACUUUUCCUCGCGGUAUCCAAGGAAGAGCCCAUCACGGAGAGCCACACCAUCGUGCCAGAUGGUUAUGAUAUCGGCAGGGAUCUAUUUGCCGUAGCUGCGACUGGGACGACCUCUUUCGGCGGCAUCACGUACUCUACUAUCGCUCAAAACAUAACUGGCUUGAUAGCCGCCGGAAGUAACGGCCUCAACCACGGCAUCGCGAUCGAUGGAAUCGUUACCCUUCUGACAGUGACCAUCACUUGA